AUGGAUCGCAUUCAUAUACUAUCCGUUGUUGCUAUUUAUUGUUUCCUAUCUGGACCGAUGGUGGUUGCACCCCCUUCGUGCAGACAAAUCAUUCCCGAAUUGGUACCAUGUGUGCCGUUCUUUAUGGGUCUAGUUCUACAGCCUUCGAUUCUUUGUUGCACGGGAGUCAGGGUCAUAAAGGAGAUGGGGAAAACCACCGAAGAUCGUGUUGCAAUCUGCAACUGUGCGAAGGAAAUCUUGACGAGAUUGGUCCUUUAUGAUCCAAAGCAAUUCCCUCUACUCGAUAAGAGAUGUGGCAUCGACUUAAAUUAUCCUCCGAUUUCUAAGGACUUCGACUGCAAAAAGUAG